AUGGAGGACGGCCAGGAAGCUUACAUCCUCCUCCUCCUCUCAGAUAGCAAUCUACCCACUGGCUCGUUCGUUGCGUCCGCAGGCCUCGAGUCCUAUGUCACGCACGGCUUCUUCUCGAACCUUGCGCCCGCCGAAGCGAUCUCAUCGACAUCGACAUCGACAUCACCUCCAGAUAAGAUGGACUACACCGUCAAUUUCCUCCGUGACAGUCUUUCAACUUACGCGCACUCUGCACUCCCUUUCGUGACGGACGCGCAUAGCGUGACCGAGCGAUACCUUGGUCGCGCGAGCGCCCCGCUCAGUGCACAAGACAAUGCGAGCCGCCUGGAAAGCACGAUCGCGCAAAUUCUGGAGUUGGACGAGCUUUACGAAACGAUGACCCUCAACCACAUCGCGCGCCGCGCCUCCAAGUCUCAGGGCGUCGCGCUGCUCACCCUCUUCUCGAAGGGAUUCUCAAAGCCUACGCUCCCGCGACACUUCGAAUCCUCGUCCGACGGAACCACUGACACCGCGCGAGACUCGAGCGCCACCGCGCUCAUGGACCGGCUCAAGCUACUCGUCCGGCGCGAGGAUACACACGGCCAUCUCCCAGUCUGUUGGGGUAUUCUGACCGCAUCAUUAGGCCUAUCUACAGAGCGCAGCCAACAUUUGCAUCUUUUCCUACAGGCUCGCAGCCUCCUCUCCUCAUCUGUCCGUCUGAACACAAUCGGGCCGUAUGCAGCUCAGCAAGUGCUGCUACAUGCAGUCCGCCCGCUUGUCGAUGCAGAAGUCGCGCGAGCCAAAGGUCUCUAUACUGGCCUGUUGCCUCAAGCCGAUCAACAGGGAGAAGAUGAGGACACCGUCCGUGGUCCCGCAAUGACCUGGCCGCUCGGGGAAAUCCUCGCCGCACGUCACGAUCUACAACACUCGCGCAUUUUCAACAGCUGA